AUAUAACAAACAAAUCCAAUGUAAAUACGCAAUCCCCUCUUUAUCCAUAUUCGUUUUGCAAAUUUUCUUAUUUGUAAAUACUUGGACAUUACUUUGAUUGAUGGGGUUUCCAUGCAAAAAUGCGUCGGUGUAAAAGUGUUUUGUUUAUUUGAAUAUCUUUAAAAAGCUAUUUUUUUGCGAGAUAAAAAUCGUAAAUAAGUUUGAAUACUGAAAGAGCUAUUUUUUGAAAAAAUGUCUUCUGUGAAAGAUAUCAAAAUAGCUGUUAUUCCGAAGUUUAAUAUUUUUGACGCUAAACGAGAUGCCAAUGGAACUAUUUUAGAAAUAGGUGGAUAUGAAAGCAAAGUUCUGCCCCUUUUAUCUCGAGCUUUGAAUUGCAAACUACAAGUCGUUAUUCCUGAAGACGAGCAAUGGGGAUCGGAAUUAGGGAAUGGCAACUGGACCGGAGCUAUGGGCAUGCUGCAACGAAAUGAAGCUGAUUUAGCUUUAUCCAGAAUAACCAUCACGUAUGAAAGAGCCCAAGUUGGAUGGCCUUCUUUUCCAUACGAUUUUCAAAAUAUUGUGUUUGUUACCAGGCUACCGAGUGUAACUUCUACAAAAAUGUCAUUCCUUUAUCCUUUCGAUCCUAAACUGUGGUUUAUCGUCUUGGCUGUUUAUAUUUUAAUGCCUGUUCUCUGCCGGUUUCUUCUUAAAUACAGAUAUCCAUGGCAGGAUAAUGUCUUCAAUGUCGUGCAACUUGUUCUGCACCAGUCACCGGAUUACUCAAAAGUUUCCGACUACGGUGGCAGGCUUCUUAUUUUUUCGUUUAUUGCCGGAUCUACUAUACUUUCCAUGGGCUACAACUCUGUUAUUUUGUCCGUUUUGACUGUUCCACCAAAACAGCCUGGAUUAGAGACGAUUUCGCAGUUGGCGAAGGCAGUUGAAAACGGAGCCAUCAAAGCUUUCGCCACGAAAGGUUCAUUUAUUGUGCAGUACCUAUUAAGUAGCAAUAUUGAUUCAGUUCGAUAUAUUGGUGAAACAGCUAAAGCUAAUGCCUGGGAAGUCGCUGCUAACGAUGCUAUGACCAGAAAGGUUCUUUUUGAUGACGGUGACGCUUUCGUAACGCCAGAUUAUUACGUUAAAUCACGUUGGGGGCCUCAACUUUUAUUUUCAAAAGAGAGUUUUGGAUUUAUGUAUGUUGCUAUAUUUGCUAACAAGAACUUUUGCUGUAAGAGUGAACUUGAUAUGUUUGUUCAACGUUUAUUUGCGGCAGGAAUUUAUAACAAAAUAAUGGGUGACUUUUCCUUCCGUUUACAGCUUAAACAGCAGUCUUCUGUUAACAGAAAUGAUAAUGAUAUAAUGACUUUGACUUUUUGGAAAUUGUCAGAAGCAUUUAUUGUCUUAGGUAUUGGACUUUCGGUUUCAUUCAUUGUAUGGAUAUGUGAAUUACUCUUUGAAAAGUUUGGUUUUCGGACUAUGUAAAGAAAUAUAUUU